CAAGAUACAAUUAUGAAGAUUAUAAUUAUGAGAUUAAGCAAAAAUUUCAACAGUCUUAUGAAAUUGCAAAACAACGUAUAGUGAAUACAAAAGAAAAUACAAAAGGUCGAUAUGAUAGUAAGGUUAAUCCACUUAGGUUAAAAAUAAAUGACAAAGUAUGGCUUAUGGAAAAACAACAAAAAAUAAAUUAGCACAAAAAUGGUUAGGUCCGUAUGUAAUAGCAGAAAUAAAUAAUAAUGAAAAUGUAACAAUCAUUAGAGGAAAAAAAUUAGUUAAAGUACAUAGAAAUCUAUUAAAACUAUGUAAUCAAUAACAUAAAAAUAAGUAGUAAACCAAUGAUAUCUUAUUAUUACAGGAUAUUAAUCAUACAACCUAUCAUGGCAACAAAUUUAACAGAAAAUUAUCGAAUAAAGGAAAUUGAAUCAGCAUCAGGAAUUUUUUUUAAUCAUUUGACAAAAAUAAAAACAACAAAUUCAAAGUGGAAAUUAUCAGUCUAUGUGAAUUUAACCACGUAUGAUGGUAAUUUUGAACGAAUUAAGAAAUUUCAAAAGGAAACAAUAAAACAUUGUUUAAAAAUUGCAAAAAACACAGAAAUAGUUCCAAUAGAGCACUUGGUAAUUUGGUCGUAUUUAUGCGAGCAAUUUAAUACAACAACAACAUCAUAUAUCCAUGAUAUAGAGAAAACGCGACAACAGAUAAACUAUGCCGUUAGUAGAAACGAACGCUAUAGAAGAGGAUUGAUAAACGGAAUUGGUAGAUUAUCAAAAACAUUAUUUGGAAUAUGUUCGGACGAAGAUUAUGAAUUUUUUGAUAAGAAAAUAAGUGAAAUAAGCGAAAAACAAAUUAGGGUUAUUCACGAUAUGCGACAGCAAACGCGAAUAGUACAGUCAACAGUACAUGAUGUAGACCGAGCAAUGGUGAAGAUACAACAAACUGAAACAGCGAUAAUAAGUAAUAUAAACAAGUUGGAAAGUAAAGCAAACCAAGUAGGUAAAUUGAUUAAUGAAAUGGAAGUUAGACAAAUAAUGAAUGAACAAACUGAGGAAUUAAAUGUUUUGUUAACACAACAUUCAUUCCAAACUCACAAUCUAGUAGCAAUAGUAAAUACAGCACAAGUAGGUCAUAUGUAUUCUAGCAUUAUUUCGGCGACAGAUUUUUUAGCAGAGUUACAACAAGUGAGAAUACAAUUAGAUUCGAGAGAGAACUUCGCUGAACAAGUCACAAUACAGAAUGUACAUAAGUUAAUGAAAAUGAGUAACUUACAAGUAAUAAGAGUAGCAGAUACAUUGAUAUUCAUAAUAGCCAUUCCGAUAGUCGAUACAAGGGAAUACCGCCUAUACAAAUCAAUACCAUUGCCUAUAAAACAGAAAAAGUCAGUAUAUGCGUUAAUUCAACCAACGAAUAAAUACUUGGCCAUGUCAGAGGAUAAUGUGUAUUCAAUAUACAUAGAUGACAUAGAGUUAAGCAAAUGCAUACAUAUGCAAGAAUAUUAUAUUUGUUCGAACACUCAGACGCACUAUAUUCAAGAAACGGACAAUUGUGAAGCGAAAUUAUUUAGUAGUCAGGAUAAAGAUGUAAUUCCAAAAGCAUGUGAAAUAAAAAUUACACGUAUUCAAAAAUUAGUGAUACACAAGUUAGAUAACGAAAAUGUUUGGUUGUACACGGCAGAACAACCAACGACAAUCAACAUUGAUUGCGCGAGUGGAGAGCCAGUGUUGCAAACCUUGCAAAACACAGGUACAAUCUCUCUCACGUAUCCGUGUCGUGCGAUAACAAAAGAGUAUGAGCUAACCCCCACCAGAUCAAUAGUAACGAAAACAUCGUAUGAUUUCAUUCCGAGAGUGAACAUAACGGCUAAUAUGAAACAAUAUCAAACUAAUAGGAUACAGGAUGAUUUUCCAAAAAUAAAUAAUUCAUAUUAUCCCGAUUUUCAUUCAUUAGCAAAUAACGCAAAACAAUUAGAUUUAUUAUUACAGUCACAAAUAGAUGAUAGUAUAGAAUAUGUAACUGUAUCUAAUAUAACAUACGUAACAGUAGGAAUAGGUAUAGGUAUAUUAGUGUUAAUAAUUGUAAUAAGUAAGAUAAGUUUUAAACUGUAUAAACAAAAUAAAGUGUCAAUGAGUUAUAUAAAAGCAUUGGUCAAUACAAAAUCAGUAGACGACAUACAAUGCGUAGAAAUUAAGUAGAUUUAAGAUAUAAUUAUAUAAUGAUUUAUGAAUGUAUAAAAUAUUUAUUUUUAUGAGGAAAAAAGAAUGUAAUAAGAAAAUUGACUCAUGAGGACAUGAGCUUUCAUUCAACAAGGGGAGUGUUAUGAUUUGGUAUUAUUAAACAUAGGAAGUAAGUAAGGAUGUAGCAGUUAGUAAACAAAUUAGAAAUGUAGUAUUUAUAAAACAUUUAGAAUUAUGAAAUGAAAUGAUUAUUGUAAAUUAGUGUAAACAGGUACAAUCCCGAAACUGCGAGUAAGCACUUUUUAUAUAGGAGGGAUUGUCCUACAGAAGUUUAGAUAUAAGGAACGUUAAGAUUGUAAGACAGGCAGUGGAGAAUGGAGAUAGUGCCAUUGACUGUACAUGUUCA